UUGUGUUCCUGUUGCCAGGCGCAAGAAAUGGCUCCGUGCCAGCGACAUACAAAAGAGUUGGAGCCUGAGCACCGUCCUCACGACCGCCAUUCCCUCCAGAAUGUCCUCGCAUGUUUGCGUCUCAGGUCAGCUGAUGGUGCAAUGGGACUUCGCCGAGCGUCGCUGGUGGGACAUCCGCAAGGCACGGUCUCCGUACGCCCAAGCCAAGUCAAUCCUGCCGGCGAAGCCGGCUCGCAAGCCGCCGUCUCCCACCGAAUCCAUGGCGAAGCUCCUCCGCUCCUGUGCGACGGAAGCGAACAAGCGCGAGCUUCUGGUGAACCACGGGUGGACAGGCUACCAAGCCCAGAAGAAGGAGGAGUGGGUAGUGUGGUGGUACCUCAGCGACACCAUCUGGGCGUGGGAAAGCGAUCUCUUCGGAGCCGAAGAGGCAAGGCUAGGCGAGAGAGAGUGGCCAGUGGAGUCAGCUGAACAUGUUUUCGUGCCAGGCCAGCGCACAGUGAGCGGGCAGCUUGCUGCAGUGCGUGCGCAGCGCCCAGGUACAAGGGAAUGCCAGCAAAGAAAGAAGGAAAGCAAGUGCUUGUAG